ACAUAUCACCGAUACUGACGGUAGUUCUAGUCUCUCCUCAUCAUGUUCAGAUUCGAUUUUGACAUCGACGAUGCGGAAGAACAAGGAGACCUGCAACACGACACUCCCGGAACCUCGCAGGACGUAGUAGAAUCCGGUUCUGCGUCGCAGGCAGCGGUGAAGGAGAGCGCAGAACACUCCAUUGAAGAUCUUCUCUCGAACCAUCCACCAUCCAUCAGCUUUUCUCCCUUGAGCAUCCGCACGUCCUCGCGUAACGCUGACAGUCUCACUCUCGCGCGGCGAGACCUCUUCGAUGCUCGCUUUCAGCUCAUAUCGUCGGAGCCCGACGAUUCCGCACAAGCAGGCGUGGAGAGCCCGAGCGAGGAUGCUUUGGGGUUCCUCGACGCGCCCUCCGACCUCGUGCCUGGAAUCUACGAGGGUGGGUUGAAAACCUGGGAAUGCUCGAUCGAUUUGGCGGAAUGCUUGCACGAGAGACUCGGAGACGACCCUGGCGGCAGACUCAGAGAAAAGAAGAUACUAGAGCUUGGUUGUGGAACGGCUGUCCCCUCGCUUUACGUCCUGCAUCAACUCCUUUCUGCCCCGCCUCCAGUGGAUAACGCUCAAGAAACCUCGGUCGUUCUGCAAGAUUACAAUGAACUCGUACUCCGAUUGGUGACCCUGCCCAAUGUGAUCCUUACAUGGUACAUGUCCCCCGCAUCCCUCCGCUUCCGCGCCUCGUUCCAGCCAUCCACCACCGACCCGGAGGUAGAAGAAGAGCCCCUCCCGCCCGCGGACCCGACCGAGCCCGGCUCGCUCCCCUUCUCUCCACAGCUCAUCGCCGCAUUCCUCGCGUCCCUCGAGGAGCACCGCAUCAGCAUCCGCUUCUUCUGCGGAUCCUGGGAGGCCUUCGACGUCGAGCGCGCAGGCGGCCCCUUCGACGUCGUGCUCACCUCCGAGACGAUCUACCGCCCAGAGAGCCUGCCUGCGCUCGUCCGCGUGAUGCGCGAGGCGUGUGCCCGGGAGCGUGCGGGAGGCCUGGAGGAGGAGACAGCGCGGAUGGCGAUACGCGACGGAGCUGACGUGGGCGAGGGCGCGGACGCAGUGCCGUACUUGUGUCUGGUCGCGGCGAAGCGCGUGUACUUCGGUGUUGGCGGUGGCGUGGCGGAGUUUGUCAAGGCUGUCGAGCAGUACAGUCGAGCCACUGGCACAGGCGUGGCGUCGUCGUAUUCCCAGGAGGUUUCGGCGAGGGCGAAGGUCGAGACGGUCUGGGAGUUCACGGAAGGUGUCAAAAGGAUCGUGAUGCGCGUGUUAUGGUGAUUGUGAUGCAGCAACAUACGAGGCGAGCGAUGCGAAACAACAGCAAGUGUCGCGCUGUUCAAGUAUGUCUACAUACGACGAGGUCGAAUACUUGGACAAGUGAGGAAGUUGCGCACUUACUGGGAACUCUAUUUCCUCGAGUUGUCCCGCAGAACAGUCGCGUAUAUCCGCGUACAUGGAAGCAAGGUAAGUUGCCGAACAGCGAGAAGGCACUCACGCUGUAAGUCAGUAUUCAUGCAAGCAUCCCGACGUCAUCCGAUGGAGCUGCAUUUGUUUCUGUUGUUCAGGUUGAAUCAAUGUCUAAACUAUGAUGACUUUCAAUAUCCUCUUCGCGGUC